CGAACAGAGUAUAUAAGCCAGGCAGACACAGGACAUCUUCAGCCUGUGCACAUCCUUGCUACUCAGACGUAGACCAAAGCCUAAGAUCUGACCGAAAUGGCCUUCGCUGGAAUCCUCGCCGACGCUGACAUCAGCGCUGCCAUCGACGCUUGCGCAGCUGCCGAUUCCUUCAACUACAAGACCUUCUUCGCCAAGUGCGGUCUUAGCGCCAAGUCCGCCGAUGAUGUCAAGAAGGCCUUCUUCGUCAUUGACCAGGACAAGAGCGGCUUCAUUGAGGAGGAUGAGCUGAAGCUGUUCCUGCAGACCUUCAAGGCUGGUGCCAGAGCUCUGACUGAUGCUGAGACCAAGGCUUUCCUUGCAGCAGGAGACAGUGAUGGUGAUGGCAAGAUCGGAGUUGACGAGUUUGCUCUCCUUGUGAAGGCCUAAGUUUUCAUGGAACCACAAAGUUCUUGGAACAAGACUUCUGCUGUUGUAGACUACCUGGCUCAAAAAUAGCUGAUAUUGUCUUUUUUAUAUAUUUAUUUAUGAAUACCCUGCCAACUCUUGCAAGGUUAUGUGCGAGGUCUCAACACCUGUUCAUUUUGUCAUGUUGUGUAAUUAUGUUGUAUGUUCACAACCACACACCAGUGCAAUUAUUCAAUCUCUUUUGCACUUUUCAGAAAUGAAAUAAAUCAACAUUUGGAAUAAA